GCAUGUGUCAUAAAAAUUGGAAUGAGGGGAUGUUUUAAAAGGAGGGAUUCUGCAAUAUAUAGAAGCUCAAUCAGUUUGUGUUACUUUUGGUCUUACAUUCGUUAAGAUCGUUUUAGAGUGCUUACGUUUGCUACUUUGUAGAAAAAUCUUGUAAAACAUGUUUAUUGCAGUCUUUACUUUUCUGUUUGUGACAGCAUACGCUGCAGAUGAUUUACCCUCCUACGUUCAUGUGUGUGGUUACAAAGAUCCGAACUAUGAUCAAUGCAUCCUGGACAAUAUCAACAAUAUGAAGGCAAUGGUUUGUACAGGGAUGCCAGAAUUGAACGUUCCUCCGACAGAGCCAAUAAUUGUUGACAAAAUAGUUAUUUUCGAUACGAAUAAUCUUAAAUUAUUUCUCCAAGACACAAAAAUAUUUGGAUAUUGCGAUUUCAUUGUACAAUCUUUUAAAGUGAACGUUGACAAGUAUCGCCUCAAUGUUGAUUUCUUACUUAAACAUCUUAAACUGGAGACCUUAUAUGACAUUGAUAUACGUUUGUUGGUGACAUUCGCUAAUAAGGGAUUAGUUCACAUUUUUGCAGAUGACGUAGAAGGAAAACUAGACGUAGAAUUAAAAAAUGUAACCAAGAAUGGUAAAACAGAAAUAUAUGCAUCGAAGAUAAGCACGAAUUUCGAUAUUCUAGAUAAAAAAUUUACGUACGAGUUCGACGACAAUGAGAAGAACUUGAUUCCACUACAUCAAGCUAUUAGAAAUAUCGUGAGUGAAAACGAGAAGGAAAUUCUGGCUAAAAUUAAGCCGAUAGCAGAAGAGAAGACUUCUCAAGUGCUUAUUUCAGUUAUUAAUAACAUAACUUACCAUAGAUUUGAUCAAUUGUUUCCCGAGAAAACACCAUAAAUCACCUAGAACCUUGUGGUUCAUUACUGUAGAAUGUGAUAUGCAUCAUAUGAUGCAUCUGUUCUGACUAAAGAAUAAUUGAAAUAUAUCAUGCAUAAAUAUAUCAAAUUAUUAAUAAAAUAACAUUAUUUU